ACUUAGCAUUAGUAUAGAGGGAAAAUCCUCAAACUGUUCCACCUUAAAAUACGAUUAAUUUCGCUAUUCUUAGCAAAACUUUGAUGAGUUGAUGCACAAAUAAAGCAGAUUUGUUAUUAUGAUUUUUUAUGAAGAUAUGUAAUUAUCUAGAAAAUAUUGAUUCUGCUUUCGAUUUAAUAUAUUGUUUAAAAUCCUAUUACAACGAACUUGGUUAUAUUACGAGAAAAACAAUGUUUCAAGAAAAUAAUGAAUUAAAAUGUGGUGCAUUUGAUCAAAACCCAACUGGAUUAAGAAACUUGAAUAAAAAUGAUGAGUUUGAUUUUGAUCGCACAAAAGUUUUUUGUCGUUUUGCUGGAUGUGAAUCUAAUGUAAGCUCUAAACAUCAUACUCUUUGUGAUGCUCAUAUGAAUACCAAGAAAUGUUGUUUGUCAAGUUGUCAAAACACGGCAGAUGAAAAUGAUUUAGGUAUGUGCUUACAAUGUUAUCAAAUGAAAAAAGGAAGUUUUAAAGAUUCUUCUAUAUUGAUGUCUCAAAAAAAGGAUGAAUUUUUUGACAGAAAAAAUAAAAAUUCUAAAGACUUUAUUUCUACUCUUGAUAAUUUGCCACCUUUGCCUUCCAGUGAUCUAAUGCAAAGGUUUAAUGAACAAAAUCUCACAAAAUCUGAAGUUUUUAUCAAUAAAAGUAGUCUUAAUGAUAAUUUUACAGGUUAUAUGCAUCCAGCUACAGAUUAUAUGCAUCCACCUAAUCAUAAUGACAAUUUUACAGAUUAUAUGCAUCCACCUAGUGUUAAGAAAACUGAUUAUGAAGAUUUUAAUUCAAUAGUUGAUUCUUUACCUCUUUUACCAUCCACACGUCCAAAUCAUGUGUUUGAUGAAUAUCAAGAAAGGUCACAAGUAUAUAGUAAUGGAGACAAAAAUAAAUAUAAUGACAAUUUCACAGGUUAUAUGCAUCAAGCUAGAAAUGUUAGUGUUAAGAAUACUAACUAUGAAGGUUUUAAUUCAACAAUGGAAUUUUUACCUCCUUUACCUUCAGCACGUCCAAAUAAUAUGUUUGAUGAAUAUCAGGAAAAGUUACAAGUAUAUAGCAAUGAAAACAAAAAUAAAUAUCCAUAUAAUAAUGCUAGGUUUUCUGAUUUGCCUCACCAAAAUCAGAUAUUAAACCAAAGUUUUAGAAAUUCUCAUCAUGAUCUACACUCAUCUUUCACUAAUAAAAUUUGCAGGAAAUGUAAUGCUAGAACUGCAGUUUCUAAUGGCAUUUGUUCAAACUGUAGCAAAAAUUACAGCCAAUACUCAAAUUGCGUAGAAUGUAAGAAAAUGGAAUUAGUUUCAAAUUUACAUGAAGGUCUCCUAUGCGAAAUAUGCCACAUAAAUAUAUACAAACCAGAGAAUAAACCUGAAAAGUCUAAAAUUCAUAGCCUUGAUUAUUGUAUGCAAAAACCUUUUUAUCAUGAGAAUCAUAACAAUCCAAGAACCCAGUUUGAACCCAAUCAUCAAGGUUACAACUAUCAAGAUCGUAAUUAUCAAGAGCACAACUAUCAACCCCGCAACUAUGCAGACCCUAUCAAUCGCUUAUCAGAAAAAAAGAAUGAUGCGGUUCCUUGUUCCUCAUUCGGUUGUGCUUUGUUCACUGUAUUACCUACUGGCAAGUGUCAUAAAUGUGAAAGCCAAUCAAAUAAAUAUGAUUUGAAGUGUCUGAAAAUUAAUUGUGAAUUUUUCGGAAGUCCUGAAUUUAAUGGUUUAUGUUCAGGUUGUUUUAUGGCAAUGACUAUUGGAGAAUCAAGACAAAGGCAAACUAGUCAAAGCAGAUGAAGUUGAUCCCUAAUUUUUCUUCGUAUAAUAAAAUAGAUUUUUCUUUUUUUCUUAAUCCAUUACUUGUAAAUAAAGAUCAGCCACUUUUAUACAUAAUGUAAAGCAAUUGUUUGUUAUUUGUAAAUUAGAUACAAAUCAUAAUUUAUAAUAAUUCUAUAAUUACUUAAUUCUCUCAGUAAAAAUGUUUUUUUUAAAUUCCAGUGUUCGAAGUGAGGUGUGAUGCCAUCCCGCCAACUUUUUAUAAAGUAUAAACCAUUCUGCCACCUUUUUAUAACUCUUCUAAUGUAAAAAUGAGUCAACGGGAUCGUAUUUUGAAAUUACUGAAAAACUAUCCCGUUACUUUUUCACUUCGAGAACUGAUUAUCUCAACUUUUAUAUACACUUAACAGCGGCUAGCCAGAAAUUAUUUGAGGUUUAUGAUAACUAACUUAACUACCCAAACUUUAUUGAGGUGAAGUUUUUUUAAGUUUCAAUGUUACGAUUAAGAGAAUUGUGUAAUGCGUAAACGUUUAUGAUGAGGUUUAAUAUUUCUCGUAAGCGAAUUUUGAUUUAAAAAAAAGUAUACUUUUUGAUCAAAAAUGAUAGUUGCUAUGGUAGCCGUAAAAAAAAGCAUUUAAAAAUAACAACAUUAAUUUUUUUGAUAUUUUUGCCCACAAUGUAACUAAUAAUGUAGCCGGGGCGGAUUCAUAAUGGGGGGGGGGGUUUGCACUGACCCUCUUCCUUUUCUCCCUCCGAUUUUAAUGGAGAAAUAUGAUGUUGUAAAUUAUAUUUUGAAUUAAUUUUAAAUGAUUGAAAUAUAAUUAUUUGACAAUGA